UAAUAUUAUUAUUCCCCCUUUUUUUGUGUUGUGUUUGUUUAUUCAAAAUUUGAUCCCCUAUGGACUUCAAAAGCUCCAAAACCAAUUCCCCUUCUUCCUCAUCUAAGCCAAGAAAAUCAAAGCAACAAGACCACCAACAACCUCUUCCACAAGAACCCACUAGAUUUCUUGGUGUUAGAAGGCGCCCAUGGGGUAGAUAUGCUGCUGAAAUUAGAGACCCUUCCACUAAAGAAAGACAUUGGCUUGGCACCUUCGACACCGCCGAAGACGCUGCCUUAGCCUACGAUCGAGCCGCUCGGUCCAUGCGUGGCUCCAAGGCUCGCACCAAUUUCGUCUACUCAGACAUGCCUCAUGGCUCCUCCGUUACCUCCAUUAUCUCUCCUGACGAAUCUCAACUCUACCCUCCAACUCCUACGUCUCAACCUAACCACCUCUGCUUUGACCCUUUCACCACGAGUUCAUUCCCCGGUAACGACUGGUUGCCUGACUCUGACUCUUAUCAACCCGUCACUGCCUUCAUGGACAAUGGCAUCACGCAUGAUGACGCCGAACUCCCUCCGCUCCCACCUGAUGCAUCUUCUUCCUACAAUGACUGUGCAGCUGCCAUGGUUGAUUGGUCUACUGCCUCUUCCUCUUCCUCGUUUAUGGGAUUCAAUUCGAACGCGGUUUUUCCACCUUUCCCCGAUACCAGUUCUGAUGGAAGCUUCGGAUUCGGUUCCUCAUCUACUUACUUCUAUUGAGAUAUAUAUAUUUAUAUAUAUUUCAUAUAUCAUAUUCUUCUACUUAAUUUAUGAUCGGUUUAAUGUUGUUUAAGCUCAUGAGGUGUGUUUGUUUUUGUUUAUUUUCUUUUCUAAUUGAAUGGCGGCACCCAAAGCUGAGAAACUGUCUGAUGUUACAUAUAUAUAUUUAUUUUUGGAGGAUAUAUCAGUAUAGUAUAUCUAUAUAUUACCACCAUGCCCACUCUGUGUGUGUGCUUGUAACCAUUGUUCCAACAUUGUCAUUAUGAGUUUUAAAUUAUUAAAUUAUUAAACAAUUACUUCGAUUU